UUCGUCAACAUGUUUGGAGCAACCUUCACUCUCCUACGAUAAGCUCUGUUGGUAUUUUUAUUUCUUUCACCUAGUUCCACUAAGUUAUACGUCUGACGCGUCCUUGUGGACGCAUUUAAGGCAUUUCUUGUCCUCGCCAUGUCCAUUCAUUUUGCUUUCGUGACUCUCGUAACUUCAGAUUCCUAUCUCCCAGGUGCACUCGCCAUUUCGGGUGCCUUAAAGGAUGUGCAAACUGAACCUCGUGAGGUCGAGUACGACACAGUGUGCAUGGUCACACCAGAAACCCUUGAUAUCACUACAAUCAAGCUACUCAGAAGGACAUACGAUAUUGUCAUUGGUGUUGAGGUGAUAGGCCAAUCCGAUCCUACUGGACUAAAUUUACUGGGACGCCCUGACCUUGAUACCGUCCUGACAAAACUACACGUAUUCCGCCUCGCGCAGUACUCCAAGGUGAUAUUCCUUGAUGCGGAUGUUCUCCCAUUGCGCCCCCUAUCCCACCUAUUCCACCUUGAUCACGAGUUCUCCGCGGCACCUGACGUAGGAUGGCCCGAUAUAUUCAACUCGGGUGUGAUGGUGCUAUCUCCUAGUGAAGAUAAGUUCACGGAGCUCCAAGAGCUUCUGAAAACAAAUGGAAGCUGGGACGGCGGAGAUCAAGGUGUUUUGAAUGAAUGGAGGGGAGGCAACUGGAAUAGGCUUAGCUUCACUUACAACACGACUCCUACUGCUGCUUAUACGUAUGCCCCUGCAUAUGAACGGUUCGGUUCCCAGAUAUCAGUGGUGCAUUUCAUCGGACCUAAUAAGCCCUGGCACUCCAUCCCUUAUCGCGCCCCAGGAUCCUCCACCCAAGUACCAUCAUCUCAGAUGGAACAACAGUCUACAGUAUCAGAGCCAGUAAAGCAACCUCAACAAGCCUACGACUAUGGUUCGCUCGUCGAUCGAUGGUACAGUGUUUAUGACAAGCACUUUCGAUCAAAACCCAUCUCACCGGAUCUCGGUGUUCCUGUCAGCAAAUACGGGAAUUCCCCUGCGGUGGUAGAGACUGCGGGAGCACCAAGUGGAGGUCCACUUGGUCUCGACGUCUUACGUCGUUUGGCCCUUCAGGGCAUGGGUAUAAUGGGCUUCCGGUCUGGUGAUCGAUUGAAAGGAGAGGGCGAGUACAAGAGCAUGCCCCUUGAGGGGCGUUUGGAUCUUAUGAGACCACGCCCCGCAAAGCCUGAGGAUCAUGAUCUUCACCAGACUGCCCCUGAGCCUCCUGAUCCAAAUCUCAGCGAGGCAGUCGCCGAACCCACAACACCUGUUCAACAAAUAGGUUCACUAUCAUUGGGUUCACCUGUAAGAUGGACUACGUUGCCAACUCCAAAUGUCGAUGAAGUGCCUCCUGCGCCACAAUCGCGCCUGUUAUCUCUCCCCCCGACACCUCUCCACUUUGUCACCUCGUCCUCCAAGUCAGCCGUGCGCUUAAAUCAACCAAAGUCGCCCCUUUCGUUGCAAGAACGAAGGAUCGAGCGAUCGCACCCUACUUCUCCGCCCCUUCUCUCGUGGGAUGCUACGAUCGAAGCGCCACCAAAGACCUUAACCACUCCUUCCGCAAUCCCAAGAGACACCUAUUUCCCGAAUAUCUGGGAUGAGUCUCCCUGUAGAAACAAAGAUCCCGGGCCAUCAUCAAGGUCUUCCUCGAGCAUGUCCUCUGAGACAGAUGCAACGAGUACGGAAGUUAGCCCGGUCCAGGGAGACCCAUCGCCCCAAACACUCUUCAGCCCACCACCUAUACCUGAGAUUCCUCAGAUGCUACUCCAACUAGGGCACUACCGCAAUGUCACUGGGCCUGCCACCGAGGGUGGCGCUGCGCCACCUACUCCUGACCUUACCAAGGUUAAGCGUGUCUUCCCUUGGGAGGAGCGCCCUCGUGUUACUCCUACACGUGUAUUCCCAGAGGGCGAGCCCCGCCCACAAGGGUCAAUGUUCUUUCAGUCCCCGUCUCGCCUAUCGUUUCCAUCCACUCCUGAGCGCAAGUUGAGCAGGGAGUUUGGAGCACACCAGCCAAUGCCUUCUCCAUUAGCAGGUUUCCCAUCAUUGACAUCUGGGAACAUGUGGGAUGGUGUUCCUGGUAUCCACAAGUUUGCUUCGAAGCUUGCGCGCCCUCCAGGGCACACUCCUUUAGCAACUGCAUUCGAAAACCCAAAGAAACCCUGGGAGGAGAAGUCAGAAGCUAGCAGUCACGAUGGUGAUGAUGAGAUGGACUCGGAUGAGGACGAAGGCAAGCGAACAAUGACAGAGACGGACACGAAGGAAAUGUGCACCCAAAGUGUGCAGGUUUCUUCGGAGGAAGAUGUCGCUGUAAAGCGGUCGCUGAAAGCGCGCACGCAUAGCGGAUCUAUGAAGAAGCACUGGCAUCCUUCAUCAAGUCUCAGGGUGUUGCCACCUGUGAUGAAUGUUGCUGCAGGUGCUGAAACAAGCGGCUUGGUGUCCCCUGCUGUUUCGCAGGUAUCAACACCGCGAUCUUCCUCUCGGGAGACCCUGUUACCUUCGCAGAUACCGGGACAGUCUGGCGGAACAACGCCGAGAGCAGCUAGGAGUAUGACUCCGAGUCCACUGUCGUCCCCUUCUCAACUAUUUUCCAGUCAAUCCCCAACUUCAUCGUCUCUGAGUCCAGCAUCACCAGCCGAAGGGAAGUCUCCUGGUACUCCCUCUCGAGCAUCUCGUGUCUGGGAUCCUGCUCGAGGAGUGGAACUCUUCAAACGUGGCUCAGAAGAUGUGCUUGCUCGAUUCUUGAAGCUCAGCUCACGAGAGGAGCCCACACGUCGGAUUUAACGAGUUCUACCUGUUAUGUAUCCGUUAUCAGCUUCUCUUUUCAUGUUCUUGAUUACAGAAUAUCUCUCUUUUUUGUUUUUCUCCUGUACGACUACGUGAAGUGCAUCUGCAUGUAUAUACCCGCAACCAUUCUCGCAACGAACUUGAUUUCUCUUUCAUUAUAAUGGAUAUUCAUACCACGUUGUGUUCAUCUGCAACUAGUGUUGUGGUUAGGACUCUGCCAUUCUGCCAUGUGGAAUUGGCACUGCCAGGCAGACGGCAGAACCCUCUGGCCAAAAUGUGGCAGAAGUCCAAGACAUGCAAAAUCGCGGGAGCAGUAUAGGAUCCCAGUCUGGUUGUGCUUGGUCCACGGCAGAACUCAUGCGAAGGG